AUGGUUUCGAGAACCACGCGAGCUGCUACUGCAGCAGCAAGAAGGGCGGCUGCACGCAUGCGUGCGGCCGCGGAAAUUGCCUCUCACACCUCAGCAGCAGGCGAUUCGUCGCCUGUUGUCGUGAAUAGUCCACGUGGUGAGUCACCACGUGCAACAGGUACAUCCGUUGCGUCUGCAGCGGGUACCACGAGUCGUAACCAAAAUGAGUCUGAUAUAGAGCUCAUCUAUUCUGGCGAGUCAGAUGAUGCAUCCGACUCGAAGGCGACUUCUCACGCCUCCGUAUCACCCGGGGCGGACACUGCAAGAUCCAGGAUGACUGGCUCUGGUCAGCGCGGCAGCAUCAUGACCGAGAUCUUCGGAUCGAGUGAUUACUCCGAUGAAUUUCCGCCUCACGCAAGUUCAUCCAACUAUAGGACGCGCGGGGAUGGUGGUGAUGCCUCUGAGCUUCACCACGGGCGAAGUAACUCGAGGGAUCGGGGUGUCACUGGUGUCAGCGCUCGUGCUGACACCAAUCAAGAGGCAAGGGACCGAAAUGUCCUGCGCCACGCUCCUCAAGUGGAGUCUCCUUGGAUGCCGUCAUCCAAGAAGUUGGAUCGGUUCGCCGACGUGACUACCGAACGGGAUCGAAUCCCGUUGUUCGAUUGCAGGAAGAUUUGCCCACCUAACUCCAGCACGGAAACUAUCCGUGCUGAGAAAGAGUUCUUCACCGAUGUGUACUUAAACAUCGGUGAUACAAUGGUAGCCGUGUUCGAGACGGCAAAGCCUUGGUGCAAGGAUGGAAUGCCCUCAUCCACAACAUCGAGUGCAUUGGCCGUGAGGCCUGGCUCGCCAAACUUGAUGCAGCCCGCAUCAGGUUUGAGAAACGCAACCCAGUCGGAGCGCGAUACAAGUUGCACCGGCUUUCAAGAGAGGCAGGAUUACUCUGUCUCUCCUGGGGUGAUUCGUGUCCAGGUUGCCUAG